CAAUUCAAUGUAGGCGCUUGUGCUGGCAGCAAGAACAUCUUCAUCCUCGCAGGCCAGAGCAACAUGGCAGGACGAGGAGGCGUCAUCAGUGGAGGCAAAUGGGAAGGCAAUGUCCCGCCCGAGUGCCAGCCCAGAUCGUCAAUCGUCCGACUCAGUGCUCAACUCGGAUGGGAACAAGCACAUGAGCCGCUCCACGCUGACAUCGAUGUGGGCAAGACAUGUGGGGUUGGGCCAGGCAUGGCUUUUGCCAAUGAGGUUCUCAGAGCUAGGGGCUCAAGAUUUGGGGUCUUGGGUCUGGUUCCCUGCGCUGUGGGUGGGACGAGAAUCGGUGAGUGGGCUCGAGGGACUCGGUUGUAUAACGAGUUGGUGAGACGAGCCACCGAGUCAGUCAGGGAAGGUGGAGUUAUCAGAGCGGUUUUGUGGUACCAGGGAGAGAGUGACACCGUGAACAGAGUGGACGCUGAGGGGUAUAAAGGGAAUUUCGAAAGGCUUGUUAUGGACCUGCGUUGUGAUCUUAAGAAUCCAAAUCUUCCUGUCAUCCAGGUGGCAUUGGCAUCAGGAGAAGGGCAGUUUGUAGAUGUAGUGAGGAAAGGUCAGCUUGAUGUUAAGUUAGGCAAUGUCAAAUGUGUUGAUGCAAAAGGCCUGCGUCUGAAAGAAGAUCACCUCCACCUCACUGCCAUAUCUGAGGUCCACCUGGGGAUCAAGUUAGCUCGUUCCUUUCUUAAUUCUUCUGGGCAUCACCUUUAAUCUGAUGUGCCAAAAUGGUAACACUCUUGAGAAAUGUACUCAUGUUAGAAACUUCUUAAAAUUUGCAGUUCCUAAUUUGUAGAAUAUUUAUUUCUAAUAUACAACUAUUAUUUUUGUUUGAGGACGAUAGUAGCGCAAGUGGUUAAGGCACUCCCCUCAUCACCCCAGUAAUUCUGGAUUCGAAACCCCCCAC